CCGUCUUGAAUUUGCCCAUUGAUUGAAUUUGAAAUGAUUCGAAAAAGAUGUUUAAUCUUUUUAGCGGUUCGCGCUAUUUAUAUCGUUAGCAAUAAAUAAUGAAGUAAGCGAGCUGAUUUUCAAAUAAAAUGAGUGCUUGAACGCGUGAGAUGAUUCGAUCAUUGGCUCCUAGUCAAAGAGGAAAGCGGCCUUUGCUCUUGGAUAUACCACAUGACAUUGUAGAAUUAACUCAGUCUGAAAAUUGUACACAAGAGUCCAAAAGAAGAACCAAGAAUGUCAAAGAUAUACAAAUACCAGAACGCAAAGCUGUUCCUCUUUCUGAUAAUGGUAUCUGCACGAUGCAAAAAAUAAUAUCCGAGCACGAAGAGAGAGUAAGGAAACUUCUCAGUAAACCUUUUCAAAUACCAAUACCUGGUUACCAAUUAUCUGGACGAGUUCUUGGAUUACGUCUACCAGGACCACGUAGGCCAUUGCAUGAUCCUGACGAACCCAACGCAUUAAUUGUUUAUUCACCACCAGAAUUAUCAGAGCAUGAUAGACUGAAAGUAGAUCCAUGUAAGCAACUUGUACAUGUAGUUGUAGAUCCUGUAUUGUGCAAUGUGUUACGACCGCAUCAACGUGAAGGUGUCAAAUUUAUGUAUGAGUGUGUAACAGGCAAAUGUAUAGAAAAUGCAUAUGGCUGCAUCAUGGCAGAUGAAAUGGGACUUGGUAAAACAUUGCAAUGCAUAACUCUGUUAUGGACGUUGUUGAAGCAGGGUCCAGAGGCUAAACCACUAAUAGAAAAAGCAAUUAUAGUCGCGCCUAGCUCUUUGGUGAAAAAUUGGUACAACGAAAUUAACAAAUGGUUGAAUAAUAUGGUCAACACUCUUGCUAUCGACGGAGGGAAGAAAGCAGACAUUGACACGCAACUCAUCCGUUUCAUGAAAACUUAUGGCAGAUGUGUAACUCCCAUUCUCAUUAUAAGUUAUGAAACGUUUCGUUUACAUGCACACGUUCUGCAUCAAGAUGAAGUGGGCCUCGUAUUGUGUGAUGAAGGUCACCGUUUAAAGAAUUCUGAAAAUCAAACGUAUCAAUCCUUGAUGGGUUUGAAAGCUAAAAGAAGAGUGUUGCUUAGUGGAACGCCAAUACAAAAUGAUCUUUUGGAAUACUUUUCCCUCGUACACUUUGUUAAUCAAGGAUUAUUGGGAACUGCGCAGGAAUUUCGAAGAAAAUAUGAGACGCCCAUAUUACGUGGCCAAGACGCGGCUGCAACAGACGCAGAACGUACACUCGCUCAAGAACGUUUGUCUGACUUGGUAUCCAUUGUUAAUAAAUGUCUGAUUAGACGUACUAGCGCUUUACUUUCGAAAUAUUUACCAUUGAAACACGAACUCGUGGUAUGCAUAAAGAUGGGAGAGCUGCAAACGCGGCUGUAUAAGAAUUUCAUACAAAGCGAUAGUAUAAAAAGAUCUAUGGAAGAGAAUGAUAAUCCAAAGAAAGCAGGCAGUCUGUCUGCUUUAGCAGCCAUAACUCUCUUAAAGAAGCUGUGCAAUCAUCCCGACUUGAUAUAUGACAAAAUCAAGGAAAAGGCAGACGGAUUCGAAAAAGCUGCAUCAUUGUUACCACCAAAUUACUCUACAAAAGAACUGAUGCCAGAAUUAUCAGGCAAACUGAUGGUUCUGGAUUGCCUACUAGCGUCUAUUAAAACUACAACCAACGACAAAAUAGUACUUGUAUCCAAUUAUACGCAGACUCUCGAUUUGUUUGAGAAACUCUGCCAUAAACGUUCCUAUAAUUAUGUGAGGCUCGACGGGACGAUGACAAUUAAGAAGAGAGCGAAAGUAGUCGACAAUUUUAACAGUGACAGCAGUAACGAUUUCAUCUUUAUGCUCAGUUCGAAAGCCGGUGGAUGUGGUUUAAAUCUUAUAGGUGCAAACCGUCUCGUCAUGUUUGAUCCAGAUUGGAAUCCCGCAAACGAUGACCAAGCGAUGGCCAGAGUGUGGAGAGAUGGUCAGAAGAAACCGUGCUUUGUUUAUCGUUUUCUUUCUACUGGAACGAUAGAGGAGAAAAUUUUUCAGAGACAAGCCCAUAAAAAAGCAUUGAGUUCCACGGUGGUCGACCAAGAGGACGACGUGGCGAGACAUUUCACCAUAAACGAUUUGCGCGAUUUAUUCAAGUUGGAGGAGAAUACUGUUUCUGAUACGCAUGCAAAAUUCAAAUGCAAACGUUGUAUUAAUGGCAUCGAGGUGAAAGGUCCUUCGGAGCAAUCCGAUUGCAAUUCCGAUCUGUCCGACUGGCGACACUCAUAUAAUCCACGGCAUUUGCCGGAUAUACCGUUACGACAAUGUUGGACUAGCGGUAUUUCGUUCGUUUUCCAUCAUCGUUCGCAUGAACAAAUAAAAUGACUCUUGUCUAAUGACAAUCUGUUGGUAAUUUAUUUCGAAAUUUUACAUAAUUGUAAGAGUUAGAUAUUGCAAACAUCGACAAGAAAUAUUGUAACUGUAACAAAUUAUCUUGUUAAAACAUUUAUUUAAGCAAAUUUAGUUUUUCUUUCUUGAAAAUAAAAAUGUAAC